GAUGUGGGGCGCCAGGGCCGGCCCGGGACACGGGCUAGGGAGGCUGGGCAAGGGGUGACGCCCCGCCGCCCGAGGCAUUUCGAUUUGCUGUCUUUUUACAGUAUGGACACCAAAUGGCUAAAAACAUGCUUUGGGACUGCCAGUGAAUUUAUUUUUUGCAGUUUUACAACAAACUUAUUGAUAGUUCCCUUUUUUUUGAGUUAAUAUUUUGACAUUAUUAUCACAAUGAGUUCAGGCUUAUGGAGCCAAGAAAAAGUUACUUCAUCCUACUGGGAAGAGCGGAUUUUUUAUUUGCUUCUUCAAGAAUGCAGUGUUACAGACAAACAAACGCAAAAACUCCUGAAAGUACCAAAGGGGAGCAUAGGACAGUAUAUCCAAGAUCGUUCGGUGGGGCAUUCGAGGAUUCCUUCUGCAAAAGGCAAGAAAAAUCAGAUUGGAUUAAAAAUUCUAGAGCAACCUCAUGCGGUUCUCUUUGUUGAUGAAAAGGAUGUUGUAGAAAUAAAUGAAAAAUUCACAGAGUUACUUUUGGCAAUUACCAAUUGUGAGGAGAGGUUCAGCCUGUUUAAAAACAGAAACAGACUAAGUAAAGGCCUUCAAAUAGAUGUGGGCUGCCCUGUGAAAGUACAGCUGAGAUCUGGGGAAGAUAAAUUUCCUGGAGUUGUGCGCUUCAGGGGACCCUUAUUAGCAGAGAGGACGGUGUCGGGAAUAUUCUUUGGAGUAGAAUUGCUGGAAGAAGGUCGUGGUCAAGGUUUCACUGAUGGGGUAUAUCAAGGGAAACAGCUCUUUCAGUGUGAUGAAGAUUGUGGAGUGUUUGUUGCAUUGGACAAGCUAGAAAUCAUAGAAGAUGAUGACAAUGGAUUGGAAAGUGAUUAUGCAGGUCCAGUGGACACAAUGCAGGUUGAACUUCCUCCUUUGGAAAUCAACUCCAGAGUAUCCUUGAAGGUUGGAGAAACUAUAGAGUCUGGAACAGUUAUAUUCUGUGAUGUUUUACCAGGAAAAGAAAGCUUAGGAUAUUUUGUUGGUGUGGACAUGGAUAACCCUAUUGGCAACUGGGAUGGAAGAUUUGAUGGAAUACAGCUUUGUAGUUUUGCAAGUGUUGAAAGUACAAUUCUUUUACACAUCAGUGAUAUCAUCCCAGCUUUAUCAGAUAGCAUGACACAGGAAAGGAGGCCUCCCAAACUUCCCUUCAUGUCAAGAGGUGUUGGGGACAAAGGCUCAUCCAGUCAUAACAAACCAAAGGCUACAGGAUCUACCUCAGACCCUGGAAACAGAAACAGAUCUGAACUAUUUUAUACCUUAAAUGGGUCUUCUGUUGACUCACAACCACAGUCCAAAUCAAAAAAUACAUGGUACAUUGAUGAAGUUGCAGAAGACCCUGCAAAAUCACUUACAGAGAUACCUCCAGACUUUGGACAUUCUUCACCACCACUGCAGCCUCCUCCUGUGAAUUCAUUAUCCAAUGAGAACAGAUUUCACUCUUUACCAUUUAGUCUGACAAAGAUGCCCAAUACCAAUGGAAGUAUUGGCCACAGUCCACUUUCUCUGUCAGUUCAAUCUGUGAUUGGAGAGCUAAACAGUGCACCUGUCCAGGAGAGUCCACCCUUGCCCAUAUCUUCUGGUAACUCACAUGGCCUAGAAGUAGGCUCACUGGCUGAAGUUAAAGAGAAUCCUCCUUUCUAUGGGGUAAUCCGUUGGAUUGGUCAGCCACCAGGAGUCAGUGAAGUACUAGCUGGACUGGAACUGGAGGAUGAAUGUGCAGGCUGUACAGAUGGAACCUUUAGGGGGACUCGGUAUUUCACCUGUGCCCUGAAGAAGGCGCUGUUUGUUAAACUGAAGAGCUGCAGGCCCGACUCCAGGUUUGCAUCACUGCAGCCAGUUUCCAAUCAGAUCGAACGCUGCAACUCUUUAGCAUUUGGAGGCUACUUAAGUGAAGUAGUAGAAGAAAAUACUCCACCAAAAAUGGAAAAAGAAGGUUUGGACAUUAUGAUUGGAAAGAAGAAAGGUAUCCAGGGUCAUUACAAUUCUUGUUACUUAGACUCGACCUUAUUCUGCUUAUUUGCUUUUAGUUCUGUUCUGGACACUGUAUUACUUAGACCCAAAGAAAAGAAUGAUGUAGAAUAUUACAGUGAAACUCAAGAGCUACUGAGGACAGAAAUUGUUAAUCCUCUGAGAAUAUAUGGAUAUGUGUGUGCCACAAAAAUUAUGAAACUGAGGAAAAUACUUGAAAAAGUUGAGGCUGCAUCAGGAUUUACCUCUGAAGAAAAAGAUCCUGAAGAAUUCUUAAAUAUCCUGUUUCAUCAUAUUUUAAGAGUAGAACCAUUGUUAAAAAUAAGGUAACUUUUAAUUGUUAUAGAAGCAUUGAAAAAAUAGACAAUCCUUAUUUUCACUGUCAUUAUUCAGUAUAAAUAAUAGGUUACUUAACGAGAACUUGAUAUUGUG